UCUUUCCUGCAUGCAGAUCACUGUGUUUCGAAUGGGCUCUGAAGGGCAGCAAGAUAUUGAAAUGGCCAUUCUGACUGCAUUGUUAAAAGGCACAAAUGCUUCAGCAGCAGACCAGCUCAGCCUAGCUCUGGCCUGGAACCGAGUGGAUAUUGCCCGCAAUCACAUUUUCGUUUACGGGCACAACUUACCACCUGCUGGAGCCAUUGCCAAUUCUACGAGUGUAGCUUCAACCCAGGAAAAAACAAAGAGUCCAGCCAGCGCUCCACGCAGCAAGGUUCGGGCCAAAAAGGGGAAGGGGAAAGGAAAGGCCAAACCGGAACCUCCUGAGGAGACAGAUCCUAGAAAGCUGGAGCUCAUUCGCUGGGUGAACUCUUUGGAGCAGGCUAUGAUGGAUGCUCUUGUGCUGGACAGAGUGGAUUUUGUUAAAUUGCUGCUUGAGAACGGGGUCAACAUCCAUCAUUUCCUCACCAUUCCCAGACUGGAGGAGUUGUACAAUACAAAACUUGGACCUGCAAAUACCCUUCACGCUGUAGUUAGAGAUGUUAAAAAGGGAAACCUUCCUCCAGAUUACCAGAUUACUUUGAUUGAUAUCGGCCUGGUACUAGAAUACCUCAUGGGUGGAGCUUACAGGAGCAACUACACAAGGAAGGCUUUCCGCAACCUUUACAAUAAUCUAUAUGGACUAAAAAGGCCAAAGGCUUUGAAGCUCCUGGGAAUGGAGGAUGAUGAACCGAGAACAAAAGGCAAGAAAAAAAACAAAAAGAAGAAGGAAGAAGAGGUGGAGAUAGAUGAGGAUGACCCAGAGGUCUGUCGAUUCAAGUACCCCUUCCAUGAGCUGAUGCUGUGGGCUGUGCUGCUGAAGCGCCAGAAGAUGGCGCUGUUUCUUUGGCAGCGUGGUGAGGAGGCGAUGGCCAAAGCCUUGGUGGCUUGUAAACUGUAUAAGGCUAUGGCCCACGAGUGCUCUGAAAGUGAACUGGUGGACGACAUAUCCCAAGACUUGGAAAACAACUCCAAAGAGUUUGGCCAACUGGCCUAUGAGCUGUUGGACCAGUCCUACAAGCAUGAUGAGCAGGUGGCCAUGAAACUCCUAACAUACGAGCUAGUGAACUGGAGUAACUCCACCUGUCUGAAGCUGGCUGUGGCCGCAAAACAACGGGACUUCAUCGCUCACACUUGCAGCCAGAUGUUGCUUACUGACAUGUGGAUGGGCUGUUUAAGGAUAGGCAAAAAUCCUGGCCUCAAGGUUAUUCUUGGCAUCAUCUUACCUCCUCUGAUUCUGCUCCUGGAUUUCCGAAUUGGAGAGGACACUUCUUAUCAAAGACCUGGAGACAAACAGGAAGGAAAGGACAAAGACGAUGACACAAAAUCCAGCAAGGACCCUAACAAUGAUGGGGUUUCCCGCAAAGGAGAUGAGGAGGAGGGCAGCGCUAAUGUCCGCAAAAUUCCAAUCGGGAGAAGGUUUUUUGAGUUUUAUGACGCCCCUUUUACCAAAUUCUGGUUCAAUACUAUUUGCUAUCUGGGUUAUUUGAUGAUGUAUAAUUACAUCAUCCUGGUUAAAAUGGAGCGGUGGCCAUCUGUACAAGAGUGGACAGUCAUUGCAUACAUCCUCACACUUGGCACAGAAAAAGUUAGACAGAUUCUGAUGUCAGAGCCAGGGAAGCUGAAACAGAAGAUAAGUGUUUGGAUGGAGGACUACUGGAACAUCACAGACCUUGCUGCCAUCUCUACCUUCCUUCUGGCGCUAAUGCUGCGGUUGCAGCCCGAACCAUACAUGGGCUACGGAAGAGUCAUCUACUGCAUAGACAUAAUCUUCUGGUACAUACGUGUGCUGGACAUCUUUGGAGUCAACAAGUACCUGGGACCCUACGUGAUGAUGAUAGGGAAAAUGAUGAUUGAUAUGAUGUAUUUUGUGGUGAUCAUGCUGGUGGUACUGAUGAGCUUUGGGGUAGCUCGGCAAGCCAUCCUUCACCCGGAUGAAGAACCGACUUGGCGUCUGGCCAGGAACAUCUUUUACAUGCCCUACUGGAUGAUCUAUGGGGAGGUUUUUGCGGACUCGAUAGACCUCUAUGCAAUGGAAAUCAAUCCUCCAUGUGGAGAACAUUUAUACGAUGAAGAUGGGAAAAAACUUCCUCCGUGUAUCCCUGGUGCAUGGCUCACACCUGCAAUAAUGGCUUGUUAUCUUCUCGUGGCAAACAUCCUUCUGGUUAACUUGCUCAUUGCUGUCUUCAACAACACUUUCUUUGAAGUCAAAUCCAUCUCCAACCAGGUGUGGAAGUUUCAAAGAUACCAGCUGAUCAUGACUUUCCAUGAUCGCCCCAUCCUGCCUCCGCCUCUCAUCAUCCUGAGCCACCUCUACAUCCUCUUCAACAGACUUUUCCGGCGCUGUGUCAAGAAGAAACAGGAAGGAGAGCUCGAUGAGAAAGACCGGGGCCUUAAGCUCAGGCUGAAUCCAGAGGAGCUUAAGAAUCUGUACGAGUUUGAGGAACAGUGCGUGGAGGAGCAUUUCCGUGAAAAGGAGGAUGAGCAACAGUCCUCAAGUGAUGAACGAAUUAAGGUUACUUCCGAGAGAGUUGAGAACAUGGCAAUGCGUCUGGAAGAGGUCAAUGAGAGAGAAAACACUAUGAAAGCAUCUCUCCAGACGGUAGACCUGCGUCUGGCCCAGCUGGAAGAACUUCAUGGGCGUAUGGCUUCAGCGUUGGAAAAGCUUGCAGGGUUGGACAAAAUGGAGCUAACCAGAACCUUCUCCAAAUCCUCAUCCAUGUGCGACCAUUCCUCUCUCCUCCGGCAAGGCAGCAUCAACAGCGCAGAUGGCUACAGCCUCUACCGCUUCCACAUGGACAUGGAAGAGUUUGCAUCCAGACAGAAGGACACGGAAGAGAAAGGCUUAGAGAGAGAGCGGAGUGUACGCCAAGCUUCAAGCACUUGUGCUCUCAACACAGCGCAGACCCUAGAGGUUGGUGGUUUGGAUAGAUCUCAAUCCAGUUCAUGUGUGGAUAUUUUCAUAUCUCCCUGUGAACAGAAGGUUCCUUCUGGGGCAUCGAGCCAAGAGACUAUCACCGACAUAAAGCAAGGCGGCGCAAUGGUUCUGGACAAAAACAGGCUAAAACCUUUCUCGCCAGCCAAAAGGGCUAAAUCUCUCAGAUACUAUCCUGCUGAAGACCAACUCAUGUCUCCUUUAACAAAGAGAUCCAUCAGCACCAUUGCUGUCCACCCCCCUGAUACAGUAGAGGGGGCUGCUGAGCCUACAGCUGAGGCCAAACCUCUGGUAGGAGCUUCUCCUUCUCCAAGGAGGGCAAUAUCUCUAAGAGAUCUUCCAGCCGAAAACCAAAGUCAGACAUCCCCUAAGAUUAAGAAAAGGGCUAUCAGCAGUAUAAUCUAUGACCCAGCUGAAGCAGGUGAUAAAACUCAGGCACAUGUAGAGCACCAGGUCCAUCCUGGUGGAAAAGCAUCCUCAGUCCAAACCGCCACUUCACAUGAAGAGCUAAAACGACUGAACAACACAGAAAGUGAGGCCAGACAAACGGGAGUAGAGCAAGACGACGACCAAAGGACGACAAAGCCCAAGAGAAAUGCCUCAGACGGUACAGACUACCUGACUGUAGCUGAUGAAAGGUACAUGCGGUCUCACAGGUCAAAGAGCUGCAACGCCAGCGACAGAAAAGCAAAGCCCCUGAUGGUCUCAAAGGAGCCAAAAGCCUCCAGCAGUGAGAGGAACCUCCCUGAAGCAAGCGGGGCGUCAGCUUGGGAGGAAGAGAAAAGGAGGUUGGAGGACGAGAAAUAA